AUGCCGCGCUACAAGACGGAGUGGUUCGAUUCUCUAGUUGCAGCAGCCGGGUCUCUUCUGAAUGAAAGUCCGUCCAUCUCAACGGACGAGGCCUGCCAGAAACUCGAGUCCAGUGUUCCCGAACAGCUCACUGCCCGACAGUUAACAGGCUCAGCUGGGAGAUACAUGAUCAAGAACUUCACCACCCGCACUCCCCAAUCUCAUACCCGGCAACAAUUCACCCUAGCAGUGCUCGCCUGCCUACUUCUUCCUUACCGAAUCCGACCCGAGCACGAUACAACAAGCGCAAGCGAAAACAGUUCAGAAAACGAAAACAACGAGGACAGCCUCCCGUUAACCAAGCGCCUCGUUCGCUCCGUAGCACGAGCUAUCUCCCCCGUCCUCCCCAAACCAAACCACGGGAACCCAGAUGACCUCGAUGACUCCAGCGCCAACCAACAACUCCGCACUCAGCUCACCACGCAAUGCCUAGCCGCCGCCGACGCAGCCUUCAAAAUCUUCGAGCUCCUCGCCGCGCGUGAUCCGGAAAUCCUCGAUAACACUGACGUCCUCCUCACGCUCAUCGCUUACACCAAUCCCGGCGAGGAGUGGACGACUCCCGAUCUAGCGGCCCGCGCCACACUGCUUCUGAAGCAGCACUUCGAUUCCUUUGAAGAGUCAAGCUCCAAAAAGCAAGACUUCAUAACAACCACUGUCCUCCCCAGCUACCUCCGCCCGCUCUUCUCCAAGUCCUCCCCUCAAUCAUCGAUAACCCCCUCAGGCCGGCCCUCCGCCUAUGGCGCCAACCCCGACGCCCGUCCCUCUGGCCUGCCCGACGACUCAAGCGCGACCAAACCGUGGAAAUUCGUCGACCUGCACGCCGUUACCGUGUUCGAGUGGACCGUCUCCGAAGCGGACGGAGAGACGACCAUCACCAAGUCCUGGCCGCUGUUUAUUCCCGUGGUGUUGACGCUGGCGGAUGAUAACUCCACCUAUGUCAGAAAGAGGGGACUGGUGAUUCUGGGGGAAUUCUUGGACAAGUUUCCGAGUAGGAUUCUGAGCGAUACGGGGCUGAACAAAGUGUUUGAGGACACGGUGCUACCUAGUCUGAGUUAUCUGCCUAGUAUCACGCCGGAAGAGGAGUCGGCGGAGUUGCUUGGGCCGGCGUAUGCGGCGUUGAGGUAUUUGGCAGGGAAGUUGUCUGGGGAGGGAAAGAAGAAUAAGUUGUUGGAUAGGGUAGUCAGGGAGGGAAUACUGCUGGGGUAUUUCCAUGCGAAGGAGCAUGACAUUAUCCCCAUGCUCUCAACAAUCUUAACCGACCCUUUCGCCUCCCUCCAUCAACCAACCUUGCUAUCCGCCAUCAGAGCGCUCCAGGCCGUUCUCGCAACAUGCUGGCCUCGGAUUCCCAACUCGCCUUGGCAGGACGAGAUUAUUAAUUCCCUGGUGCUCUGCUGGCUCAAUCUUGGCACCUCCAGUACUUCGGACAACUUCCUGGCGAUCAGACAGGCACUCGUCCACGCAGCAGACGCACUCGCCGCUGUCCUAGCUACGGAGGAAGAGGAGGGUAAACCGGCCAUCAAUCUCUCAAAAGUCGUGGCACCGCUAGUGGCGAAAGAGCCCUCUCUUUCCCAGCUUUUCUCCGCAACGGCGUCGAACAAGGAGGGACAAGACUCGGGGUUGGAGUCCUAA